AAGUGUCAAAAGUCAUUAUAAAAAUCAUGCAGGGUUUUAGAAAAACAUUUUAAUAACUUUUAAGUUUAAUAAUCCUAAAUAAUUUUGUAUAGUAAGUUUUUUUUUAUAAAGUGAUAAUACAAAUAAGUGAAAGGUCAACUUACUUGUUUAGUCUGGAGGUCCAUAAAGCGCAUCCUGGCCUAAUUUCUCGAGCUAAAACGGACUUGAUAAGACCGCAUGAUGUCAAAUUCUCUUAUCACCUAUUCAUUAACGAAAGCAUGGAGAAUUGCUUUAAAUUCGUAUUUACCCCUUCGUCCUAUUUCAAGUAACAAAGGAUUAUACAGUGGAGACAUAACAAGAAAUAACCCGGCAUAUCAUAAUCCGGAAGCCUUAGAAACCCAACUUAAAACAGCGGAUUCAUCUGCUACUAUAUUAGGAGUAGUAAAAGAUAAUCACACCAAAAUGAACGAGAGACAUUGUAUGCAGGCCCUUCACACCCUAUUCGCUUUUCAGAAGGAAGGAAAAUCCAACAUGCCAACCGAUCAAAUUCUAAGUCAUCCUGGGUUCGAAAAAAUCUGUCGAAAUAUCAAAAAGUACUUUGGAGUUAUUCAACUAAACGAUGCAGUCGACUGUCUUAAAGUUCUGAAUUACAUGAAAGUACCCUCGACUAGCACCAUAGUUCAGAUAUUACUUCAAAUAAUUCGAAAAAAUAUAAAUUCCUUAAGCAUUCCUCAAAUUCUGUUCUUAGAUUAUUUGCUUCAGGAUUUCGAGAGCACUCCACUUUCUGAGGCUCUUAAGAUCGCUUUACCCCUCGUGUUUGAUCUUAAUGUUACCCUAAAGCUGAACGAGAGUAAACCAGAACAGCUUGCGGCUUGCUUAGAGUAUGCAGUUAAACAUCGUUUAUCUGAAAAUACUAUAAAUGUUUUGAUAAACAUGCUAAAUAAUUACAAUGGUGAAUUUGAUAGCUUUACAGCUAGGAAAAUAAUUAUCUCGAUCUGCCGGUUGCCGAGGAACAUGGCUUUUGAGAAUUUAAUUAAAAAAGCCGCAACAGAUUUAGUGGUAGAUAUUGAUAAUGUUCCUAUAGUGAAGAUAGAGGUUGUGUUAAAUAAAUUAGCGCACAGAUUCUCACAGAGUUACAAAUUUUACUAUCAGGAAGUAAUGUUUGACACUUGUGCAAACUAUGUUAUUGAUCAUAAUAUUGGCUACAAGAGAGCUCUGGCAUUAUUAAGAAAUAUGGCUAGAGUGAACCAUGUCCAUAAGCCGUUGCUGGAUUAUGUAUCGACGUAUAUCUACAAUAAUCCAGACACACCAAGAGUCCCAGUAGACAUAUACAGUAUGGUGGUUAGUCUAGUUUUAACCGAUUACAAGCCGCCGCACUGGGAACACCUGAAGCAAUGGAUCAAAAGUGCGAAAGACUUGGCGCAGGAGAAUAGUAUACAAAUAUUAUGGAUUCGGUUUGCUGCCGCACUCUGUGUGUUAGAUAUUUAUAAAAUUGAUGUUUUGACAAGGGUCUUAAACCGGGAGUACAUGACGCAUUUAAUCGAGAAAGCUUUCCGUUCAAAUUACGAAAAUUAUUUUGUAAUAUGGCAAUGUCUUACAACACACAAACCAGACUUGGUGGAACUGUUACCCUCGAAUUUAGAUCCAAAAGAUCUUGUUAAGAAAAUGCCCAUAUCCAGUGAUUUUCCACUUCAGGGCGCUCUUGAGGCGGGCUUAGGAGGCGAACAGUUCAUCAUGACGAAUAUGUUUUCGAAAUUAGGCGUUCACAUAGAUCACGCAAUAGUGUUUAAUCACAGCUCCCCAGUUUAUAUAGAAAAUAAAGUAGAAUACGUCGAAGAUAUAAAAUUAGAAAAUUCACAACAAUUACUACUAAUUGUGGGACUGACGGAUAUGGAUUACACAAUUAAUACCAAGGAGCUCAGAGCCAUAAUAUCAACUACACUAAAUAUAUUGGAAAAAACCUUAAAUUGUCAUGUUUUACCAAUUCACUUGGAAAAUUGGAAAGAAUUUGCGGAAUUUGAGAGGAUACCAUAUAUAGUUCAAAAAAUUAAGGAUAAGUUAGGCUUGGAUAGCGAUGUCCUUCAAAGAGUUUUAUAAAUCCGAAUAAUAAAGAAAUAAAUAAUA